GUCAAAUUGGGAAGAACUAGAAAAUGCUGGUGCCAAGUCACUGAAAAUACCUUCUUCUACUUCAAAAAUCAAGGAGAUAAGAUCCCGUUGGGAAUAAUACCUUUGAAAGGCGCGAGCGUGCAUGAUAUUGAACGAGAAUCGGAAUCGGAUAUUGAAUGUAACGAUGAGCAAAUGGGUGGAAUCGCGAGUAAUUUUACAAUUGCUAUCGAUCCUGUCGAUCAACCGUCGACCUAUAUAUUAGUUCAGGGAGAUAAAAAAGAAAAGGAUAACUGGUUAUAUCACAUCGCUCUAGCUACCGGCAAUAUAGAAGAGUACAUUGGUAGCGAAUACGAGAAGCUAAUGCUUAGAAGUCUAACAUCCAAUUUAGAUUUCGGCUUAUGGAAACAUCCUAUAAUGUGCCAUACCAAAGAACCUAUUAGGAAACCAUUGACAACUUUACCCUCUGAGCCCCUUCAAAAGGAAGCAAUGCUACUUUUUAAGUCGCUUCAGUUAUACACCAGCGCUGAAAUAGUCCAUAAUGCCAUUGGCUAUCAUGUUUCCCUAAUACAAAAUACACUCAAAUCUUGCUGGAAACAAAAACAACUACAAAACGAGUUUUUCUGUCAGCUAAUUAAGCAAACAUCCAAUCUUCCAAAUGAAGAUCCACCCUAUGUUGUAAUUCAGUACUGGCAAUUUCUAUUCUUUGCAGUAGCACUUUUCCCACCAAAAGAUAAAAUUUUACAAUUUCUUCAGCUACAUUUGUAUAGAAGUGCUGAUGAAACUUCGAAUUCAGGUCGUUGUGCGAUUUACUGUCAAUACAUAUUAAAUCGUGCUCUAGAAAAUGGAAGUAGGCACUGUUUUCCUUCGAAAGUCGAAAUUACUGCUGUUCUCAUGCAAGGUAUGCAAGAUAAUCAAGAGCCUAUAUCUCUGUCAAUACACUUAACCAAUGGAUUGAAACAGGAUGUACAUUUUGAUAGCUGUUCAACAAUCGCAGAAGUUACGGAACGACUCGCGACGGAGAUUGGUAUCAGGAAGCCAUACUUAAGUGGGUUUGCUUUAUAUUGCGAUAAUCCUUGGAAGACAAAUGAUAUGGAAUACUACUUACAGCCAUCUUUAAAGAUUUGCGAUGUGAUGUCAAAAUGGGAGCAAACUUAUAGAGAAGGGCAUUCUGGAAAGUUAGAUACAUCCCAUGUGAUAAAGUUUCACUUUAAAAAUAGGUACUAUCUUAAAAGCCUGGUUAAAGAUGAAACUGAGAUGGAAAGAUUACUGUUGAUUUAUCAAGUUAGUAGCGAAGUUUGUAAUGGAAAAUUUCGCGUUAAUAAAGAUUUAGCCUUGGAAUUAGCAGCAUUAAUGGCUCAGAUCGAAUUUGGAGAUUAUAAACAGACAUCUGACAGUAAUUUAAAAAUGAUAACUUAUAAUCAACAGCAACUGUUAGAGGUCUUGGAUAGAUUCUAUCCAAAACAAUUCAAAGCAAUUUCUGUUGAUGAAAUGAAGAUACUGUCUCGUCAACUAGCUGAAAAGUGGUCAACCUUAUGUAAUCGGACAAAAAAAGACUGCAUCAAAAUUUAUAUUACUGUAGUGAGAAGAUGGCCCCAUUUUGGUAGUAAAAUUUAUAGAGUCAAGGUAAGUAAGAUUAUAUCUUGA